AGGUCCAUACAGAAGGAGUACGACGUAAAAAAAAAACUAAGCCUCGGGGCCCACACAGAAAGGAAGUCCCGCAUCCUCCGUUCACCUCUCUCAGAUCGGCCGGCCGGCGGCUCUGGAGAAGACUCGCCGGCUGCUGGAGGAGGGGGCGGCCGGCGGAGCAGGCGGACGCGCUGCCCUCCGGGUUCUACGACGCCUUCGUGCUCUGCGGCAUCCCCGUCCCGCCUCCUCAACUCGGGCAACUUCCUGCACGGCGGCGCAACUGAGUCGCUGCUUGACUUGGUGGGCUCUGCUGUCUUCUACACCGCUGCGGCACAAACCAGGGGCUCAUCACUAUACUAGGGAUAAACAUCUCCUACCUGGAUGCUGCAUUUUCGGAUGUAAACGACUUACCGAAUUGAGUGUGAAUACAUGUAGAGAUUGAUAUCGGAGCCAAGGUGCGCGCUGUAAAAGCAGUUGGAGUGGCUACUGUGGAACUGAAGAAAAAAUCCGGCAGAAUCAUCGCUCAGGCCCGCUAUUCCAAGUAUCUUGGUGCAUCUAGUGGACUGUGAAGGCGACCCUGCCAUAAAUAAAAUCAAUAGAAUUGUGUAUCCCAAAGAGCAAUACUGCAUGACAAGGCACUGUGAACAUAUAAGUCUGAUUACCAAAGGCUGAAAAGAAAAACCAAUUCUGAAACAAGAUGAUCUCCAUAACUGCGAGCUAGGUGUGAGUCUCUGAUUUCAUAAGCCAUUUUUCUCAAACCGACAAUUCCUAGCAUAUCUGACUUUUCAACUAUUCUGUUUUCCACUAAAAGCCUAGUUAUACCAAAUAGAAUUAUUGGUAUUCAGUCUGAUAUGUGAUAUAUGUAGAGUAUGAGACAACCCUCUGCUAUCGCUGUCCUCCCCUUGACUUGUUGUUCAACUUGGCCUCUUAUUUCAAGUUCAACCAGUUAUCUUGAAGAAAAUUUCAGCUGAAUUACUGUAUGCUAAGAACAGAUCUUCUGUCUGGAGAAUUGCUGUUUGAGGGUUUCUCAAGAACCUAUUGUCCCGUGGCUACAGUCUCUUUAUCAUGCUAUCGCCGAGCUGCCGGCCGGAUAUGUUUGCCACUGGGUACCAAUGUUUUAUGCAGAUUACCAGAUGUUUGGCCGGCAUAUCGAAAGGGAGCCAGCAAUCAAUUUUCUCCUGCACAGAAACCAUUUGUCUGGAGAAAAUGUUUUGGAUGUUCUUCCAAUUAUCUGCAAAGAAACCACUUGUCUGGAAGAAAAGAUCAAUUAGGAACUCCAAUCAGUUACAGCUUGUUUGUGAUCCUAACCUCUGGAAGCAAGCGAUCCCUUUCUAAUUCUACCGAAGGACGAUUUGGAACAACCAAAAGCAGUAUGCUGAGGAAAGGGAUCGGGGGCGCUGCCCGUGCCCCCUGUCUGGACCACGCGGGGCGGUAUCCUAGGUUUAGACACCAUGGCAAGUUGGAUCCUUGUCCAGCUGAUCUCCUUACCAUGGUCCUUGACCGUCGUCAUCAUCUCACUCAGCGCAACUGCUGACGAGCAAGGCCAGACACUUAUUGAUUCUUACUGCCGAAGCGGGGCGGCCUACGACAACUUGAAGCAGUGCCAGUCAAAUGCUCAGACUCUUGCCCAGAAGCUCCGUGAUGGCGCCAUGAAGAACGGCGGGUUCCAACAAGCUAGUAAUGGCGGCCCGCCCAACGAGGUAUUCGGUCUUGUCAUGUGCUUUGUCAACUUCAACUUGUCCAUGUGCGAGAGCUGUUUGUCAGGGGCACCCAACUUCGUGAACUACGAGUGUCCCUACACCUGGGUGUCCGGUGCACUCUAUGACGCCUGCGUCCUCAAAUACUCAAACGAGUCUUCCCUCUCCGUCUCCGACGAAUCCACCCGCUCAGACGUACUCGACGAGGGCGGAGGGUUCUACGCCCAUGACAUGGACCGCAUGAAUACAACGCGGGGGAAGCUGAUAAACCGGCUGUCGUUGGAGGCGGCUGGCUCAUCGCUGCGGUUCGCGUAUGGGAAUGAGACGUACACGGACACGGAUCUGCAGAGCGACUCACAGGCCAUGUACGGACUGGUGCAGUGCUCAAGGGACUUGGCACCCAGUGAGUGCACCAAGUGUGUAGACGAUCUGCAUAGACUGAUGGUGCUACAACUUAACAGCACCGCUGGUAAUGUCAAGGGGUUCAACUGCUAUGUGAGAUACAGCAUAGACCCGAUGAAGAUCACCACCCCUGCUACAGGAGCUGCAUCAUUUUUGCGGAGCUCCAAGCAUAGAAAACGGCCACUGAACAUUGCCAUGUUUGCGGCUGCCGGUUCAGUCUUGUUGUUGGCCGGCCUAGGCACCUUGGUAUGGGUUUUCACGCACCGGCUGAAUGAAAGGACCGAGGAGAUGGAAGAAGACUUGUUCGAUGAUGAGGAAAUGGCAGACGAGUUCAGCAAAGGGACAGGACCCAAGCGAUUUCGCUAUAAUGAGCUGGCCGUGGCCACGGGUAACUUCGCAGACAGAGGGAAGCUCGGAGAAGGAGGUUUCGGUUCAGUAUACAGAGGAUUCAUCAAGGACUUGAAGCUUGAUGUGGCAAUAAAAAGAGUGUCCAAGAGCUCAAAACGGGGGAGGAAGGAGUAUAUCUCUGAGGUGAGGAUCAUAAGCCGGCUUCGGCACCACAAUCUCGUGCAACUCAUCGGCUGGUGCCAUGGAGCCGGCGAGCUCCUUCUUGUAUAUGAGUUGAUGCCCGGUGGCAGUCUCGACACUCACCUUUACAGUAUGGAGGGUGUACUGACGUGGCCGGUCAGGCAUGAGAUUAUGCUGGGGAUCAGCUCAGCGCUUCUGUACUUGCACCAAGAGUGGGAGCAAUGUGUGUUGCACAGGGACAUCAAGCCGAGCAACAUCAUGCUGGACACGUGCUUCAGCGCCAAGCUUGGCGACUUCGGGCUCGCAAGGCUCGUUGACCAUAGCCAUGGGUCGCACACGACGGAGCUCGCCGGCACCAUGGGGUAUAUGGACCCGGACUGCAUGGUGACCGGCAGGGCCACCGCGGAGUCGGACAUGUACAGCUUCGGAGUUGUCCUACUGGAGAUAGCGUGUGGACGCAGGCCCGUUGUGGUCCUGCCAGACGACAGUGUGAUCCACCUGGCUCAACGGGUGUCGGAGUUGUACAGCCAGGGAAGGGUCCUUGACGCUGCCGACCCACGGCUGACCGGGGAGUUCGACGUCCAAGAAAUGGAGCGUGUGAUCAUCGUAGGGCUAUGGUGCACUGCCCAUGACCGCAGCCUGAGACCUUCCAUCAGGCAGGCCAUCAACGUGCUAAGGUUCGAGGCUCCACUGCCGAGCCUCCCUGCAAGGAUGCCGCCUGUUGGCUCUGCUGUUCCAUCUUUGCCUUUGCCUGAAGAUCAUAGCAGUACAACUAGCAGCAUGUACCUUAGCUAGUCAGCGCCACUCAUUCUCUAAAGCUGUUACUAGCAAGAUUCGAGGUACUCGGUUCCUCCGCCAAAAAGAAAGAAAGAAAGAUUCUAGGUAUAUAUCUAUAUACAUCAUCAAUGGCAGAGUGAGUUUAGCUA